AAAAUGAUAAUAGGAGAAUGAUGUGUAAUAUUCCUUACUUUUUGUGGUCUAGUACUCUAGUAAUAACAUCGCGGUGUGACAUAAAAACAGGUGGGGGUUUUCUGAAGUGGUAUGUAUGAACUUGUCCUUUGUUUAGCUUUCCUUCUUUCACAAACCUCUUCAUCUCAAUCUUGCACAGCACUUUUAUGUGAAGCUUUUCCAGUUCAAGUUCAAGUAAGUAAGCAAUGAAUUUGACUUAUUUUUAUUCAGCAUCCUCUCUUGAAUCUUAUCAGUUAUCACACAACUUAUACAGUUAAUUGUAGCUGGAAUCCCACAUUACUUUCCACAUGUGAACACAGUUCGCACUUCACAAGGUGAUGAUUAAGCAUUCAUGUCACAAGUAGCCUUCUAUAUAGGUAGCAUUUAUUGGUACUUAUUAUUACUUAUUGGCACCAAAAUUGAUAGGCUCACUGGCCACUGCUCUUGGUGUGUUCUUUCCUGCUUGGUUGAGAUAUGAAAGGGCCAUGAAACAUUUCUUUAGAUCUUUGGUUGUCUGCAAUGCAAACUUAAUUUGCUGGCAUACAAUUGCUCAAUCUACAAAUCAGCAUUCUAAUUUGUUUUUCUUCUCCUGCGUAAAUAAGUAGACUGAGAUGGUUUGUCAGGAAGCAUUCUAAAAACAUUGGAAAUUUUUUCAGUAUAGUAUGCAUUCAAAAUUCAAAUAAUAAUUAUCUAACCUUAUGAGCAGCUGACAAGGUACCAAUUUUCUGGAGAAGAAAGGCAUUUUCAUAUUUUUAUUGAAAUGUUGAUUUACAUGAGUAGAAGUGUUCAACGUUACAACAUAAUCUUAGAAGUUAUUUGCCCUUGGCCCCUUUCAGAAGUCUCGUAGCACCCAGGCAGAUGACUCCUGCAAUACUGCGGCCCUGCCUCAAGAGGCGGCUGCUGGUACUGCUGUUUUGCCUAACUGCCACAGCAUGUUUCAUUCUGGGAGUUUGCGUCAGUGUGGUCAUCCUUGAGCCUGAGCGUUCAGGUCUCAGGUGUUCAGAGUCCAAGCAAUCAGAGCCAGAUGGACCAGAGUACAAGCUGGUGGUGCUCGUGCUGACCGCCCCGGACAAUGUGGAGCGGCGCGACACGCUACGCGCCACCUGGCUGCGGCCGCGCGGCGGCUCCCCGCCCCCGGCGCGCCACUGGUUCGUACUGGGCGGCGCCGCGCUGCCAUCCGAGCAGCACUCGCGCCUGCUGGCCGAACAGAGCCGUCACGGAGACCUGCUGAUACUACCGCACGUCACCGACGCCUACACCCAGCUCACUGAGAAGGUGCUGGCCGCGUUCGUCUGGCUCGGCGCGCACUCACGCCACCAGUACGUGAUGAAGUGUGAUGAUGACACAUUCGCCCGGCUCGGCCCGUUGUUGACCGAGCUGGAAUUGGCGCCCAGGAGUCGAUUUUAUAUGGGUUUCUUUGACGGUCGCGCUCGGCCCCGUCGGACGGGAAAGUGGGCCGAGCCCUCGUGGGACAUCUGCGACCUGUACCUGCCGUACGCGCUGGGUGGGGGUUACAUCCUCUCCAGUGACCUGGUAUCAUACCUCGCCACUGCCGCACCCCACCUGCGCCGCUUCAACAGUGAGGACGUGUCAGUGGGAGCGUGGCUGUCACCUCUGGCAAUCGAGAGGCGCCACGACCCUCGCUUCGACACAGAGUGGGAGUCUCGGGGCUGCGACAACCGCCACCUGGUGACGCACAAGCAUAAUGUUGCGCAGAUGACCGAGAUGCAGCGCACUCUGGAGCGACGCGGCGUGCUCUGUGACAAAGAGAAGAGGGUUCGGGGAUCGUACGUGUAUAACGCGUCCGUGCCGCCGUCUCAGUGCUGUAAACGGGUCACGGAUACGUCACUGCCGUGAGUGGAAGGGUUUAGUGGUAGGUCGGGGAUGGGUCUUCAUUUCAUCAUGUGUGCGGCUCAAGGAAGUGUGUUUCUCUUGUCUGAAAGUGACAGUGUUAGGUAUGUAUCACCUACUGGAGCGCACUUUUUAGUGAUGAAUUGGUGACGAUCGUGAAAGUGAUGUAUUUGAUUUUAUACUUUGGCUUUAUUUGUGCCACCGUAUGCCUGAUAAGGUGACUCCUGCCAGACCUGUACGAAAUGUUUUUAAAAGUUGACGCUAUACCGAAAUAGCCACGACCUGAGGAAGGCGUUCGUUAUCAGCAUUUUAAGCCAGAUCUUACCCGUCGUUAGCUACGAGUUGCUCCGAUCACGACACAUUGGAGGUAAGACUAUCUAAGACGUUUUUAGUGGUGAGGUGUGGUGCGGUGAGUGACGGACACUUAGGCUUAUGUUGUCUGACGGUAGAUGGCAGCAAUCGUCCGUGAGGGCCGAGGUUCUGCGACUGGUAGGCUGCCGAGUUAUCAAUGACUUUCUAGAUUGAUGUGAGUAGCAUGUAUUGCUGACAUUAUUUUGAUAGUUCCUGUAGUGACAUUGACUUUGUGACAUAUUACUUAUUUAUUAUGAGAGCUGUAGGUAAUGGUGCCCUGUAGGUAUGCAGUAUAAUCGCUAGCAUUACGAUAAGUGUAAGAUUGAGGUUUUAGUACGGUUGUGACAGUAGAAGUGCCAGGGUGUUUCUGUAUUUGCGCAAAUCACCAACAGGCUUGGCCCAAUGACAGGUGAAGUCAUAUAAGUAGGUAUAUCACACCAAACACACUAUAAAAAUAAUGAUCUGUUCUAAGUAGAGAAGACUAUAGAAGUAAAAGUAAAAAUACCUAUAGUGUAAAAAAAGACUAUAAAGGCAGAGUGUAAAUGACUACGUAGGCAUAACAUGGAUAAUUGUGGGUGGAUAAUUGUGCCGAGUUGGGGUAGCACGAGCUUUCCCAAUUCCACGCCGGCUUGGCUUUAGAGCCACAACAGACGGCGGAGGUCAAGGUCACCGCUAGGGCGGCGGCGGAUUUGCUGCGCCCGUGCUACCCCAACUCAGCACAUUUGUCCACCCCUGAGAAGUGCUCGUUGCCACCGGCAUCCAGCUUAGAAUGAAUCAAUGACUGCAUUUCGAGAUUGGUAUAGGCACUGCAUUUUUCAUGAACAUCGUCUCGUCAUCGCACCCAUCUCGUAACUUAUAUGUAUUGUGAUCGCAUGAAGGUGCCAAACACACUGCGAUUUGAUAGCACUAGGAAUGUACACUUUUGUGGUUUGCGUUGUUUGUAGGACUACCCUACGAGCCACCAGUGCUACCUUCAAUGUUGUGUCAGACCGUUACUAAUGUAUUGGUUGUGCAGAAUGUAAGCGUUGUUUUAACA